AUGUUCAAUCCUAAAUCGGAUGAGCACUCAAAUUUUUACAUGCCAUUUCAAUGUAUUUGGCUAAAAUUAAAUGGCUCUUGGCCAUUGGAAAAUGACUCGAAAAAUGGCGCAAUACGUCGAAAAAACUUCUUUCGCAAGGCCUAUUCGUGUUGGUCGUGGUAUGUGAUUGUUUCAGUGGGAAUAACUAUCAGCUUCCAGACAUCGUUUUUAAUAGACCACUUUGGAGACAUUAUAAUGCUUACCGAGAAUUGUUGUACUACUUUAAUGGGUGUUCUAAAUUUUGUUCGCUUACUACACUUGCGUCUCAAUCAGAACCAGCUUCGAGAAUUAGUUCAAGAAUUUGUCAGUCAUAUAUGGAUACCAGACAAAAAAAGUGUUCACAUUACUAAGGAGUGUCGAAAACGAAUGAUUACUUUUCGGGUAAUGACAAUGCUGCUAUCCUGCCUCAUACUUAUGUAUUGCAUUCUCCCAUUGAUUCAACUCUUUUCGGAUUUCGGCAUGAACGCUGAAGACAAACCAUUCCCUUACAAAAUGGGAUUUCCAUACAAUCCAUAUAGAAAUUGGAUGAGUUAUGCGGCAACCUAUUUGUUUACAUCAUAUGCGGGCAUUUGUGUGGUUACGACACUUUUUGCUGAGGACUCUCUAUUUGGAUUCUUUAUAACAUACACUUGCGGACAAUUUCGCUUACUUCAUGAACGCGUCGAAGUUUUAAUAGUCAUGACAAAGGCAAACUCAUUGAACAACUCUGAUAUUACCAAAUUACAGCGAAAACAAACUUUAGAAUUGCAUUCCUGUGCGAGGCAGCAUAACAAAAUAAUUCGUUUUGCUAAACGAUUGGAAGAUUUCUUUAGCCCAAUUCUACUUAUUAAUCUUAUCAUAUCGGCGCUUCUUAUAUGCAUGGUGGGAUUUCAGCUGGUGACUAGUAAAUACAUGUUUAUUGGAGACUAUAUGAAGUUCAUUAUUUAUAUAUCCUCGGCAAUAUCUCAGUUGUAUAUCAUUUGUAAAAAUGGAGAUUUACUAAUACAACACUCGACUAUCACUGCCUGGCAUCUGUACAAUUGCGAUUGGGACGGCGUGCAAAAUAAAGAUAACACUAUAUGUGCCUACACGAACUCAGAAUUUCGAACGAAUUUGCAAUUUAUGAUAAUGUGUAGUCAGAAACCAGUGCGGAUAACAACUUUUAAGUUUUCCACAUUAUCGCUUCAAAGUUUUACUGCGAUUCUAAGCACAUCAAUGAGCUAUUUCACAUUACUGCGAUCACUUUUGGAUGAUAACAAAGCGUAA